ACCUCUCUUCUAUUUCAUUCAACUACUACUUAUAUAAAACCCUAAAUCCUCUCUCAAAAUCUCUCACUCUCACAUAAAUUUCAAAUCUUUCUUCACUGAUACAAAAUACCAGCGAAAACCCAUAAAUUAUUUUCUACUUUUCUAUCAUAAUGAGCUCUAAAAUGAUCUUCCAUAGCUCAAACCACCGUCAAGAGACCCCAAACCUUAAUAACUCACUAAUACCCGCACCCACCACCGAGUCACAACCCAGAACCCAACUCACUUCCCAUGGAAGACCUACUAAUUCACUAUCCAAAGACCGCCACACCAAAGUUAAUGGCCGUGGGAGGCGGGUCCGGAUGCCAGCUCUUUGUGCUGCUCGGAUCUUUCAACUGACUCGAGAACUAGGCCACCGUUCUGAUGGUGAAACUAUAGAGUGGCUUCUCCGUCAAGCAGAGCCUUCUAUAAUCGCUGCGACCGGCACUGGAGGUGGUGGUCAUGGUCAUGGCAUGUUUGCCCUAACUGCAGCGCCAAGCUGUCGUCUGGACUUGGAGUAUAGGCACAUGCCAUUUACUGCAUUGUUGCUGCAACCAGCUGCCGUUGUGGCUGCUGCCGCCGCUGCAGCUGCUGCGGAGGUAGGUGAAAGGCGUCAGCAGCAGGAGGAGGAGGAGGAGGAGGAGGAGGAGAAGAAGGUGCUUGGGAAUAAUGGUCAUCAGGAUAAAAUAUAGGAAAAGGAUUAGAAUUGGAUCAAGAUUAUAGUUUUUAUUUGAAGUAUAGGUUCCUUUAUGUUAAUUUGGUGGGUUUAAGGAUAUGCAUAGAGGGUUCUGGGUGGUGGAGCCAUAUGUGUGUGUGUGUCUUUCUUUUCUUUUUUGGAUUGGGUCAUGAAUCAAAUGUCUUCUUCCUUGUCAUGUUUUGGGGUUAUUAUGUUGGAAGUGAAGAAGAUCUGAAUUAAUUAAUGUGAUUGUUAGUAAUGGAAAAGUGAUAUGAAAUCCAUGGAAGCUAUUUCUGGUA